GAGGAAAGAAGCUGUCGACGUCACAUACAUUCCCACCUUCAAAUAUUUUUAUAAUGGGCAUUUUGAAAGAAAAUAAUAUAAAGAUUAUUUGAAAAAUGGGAAAAAAAAGUCAAAUAAAUAUAUAGAAAUGAAGUUAGGAUUAAAUCGUAAAAUAGUUGUAACUGGAGUUACAAUUCUUACCGCUGGGAUUUCUUGGUUGAUUUAUGAAAUUGAAAAAACCAAAUCGAUAUUAUUUCAAGCAUUUGAUCCACGUUUGUUAUCUACCAUUGAUUCAGAUCCAGUGAAAUUAACAAAACCAACAUCUUACAUAUGUUUACCAAAAAAUCCACAUAAUCCACUUCAUUUGCUCGCUUCAUUAUGGAAUGAAUUAAAAUUUGAAUAUGCGUUACGUUUAAUUAACAUGACAAAAUGUGAUGUACAGGAAUAUCGAUUAAAAGCAACAAAAACGUUAGCUAAUUUAAAAUUUUUAGAGACAUCAGAUUAUCAAUAUUUAGCACAAAAAUUGGAUGCUGAAACAGCUACUGCGUUAUCGCGAUACAAAGAUGUUGAUAUUAGAUUAUUUAUGAAUCCACCGAAUAAACAAACGCUUAAAUAUCAUUGUUUAAUGAAAUCGUUACAAAAUCUUCUGACAAAUUUAAAUGUUAUGUCGAAACAUGACUGUUUGCUAUAUUGUAUUGAUAGUGUGUUUCAGGACGACACAAUUAUUAUCGAUGAUGACUGUACAUCACAAGAGUUUCGAAAAGGUAUUGAAACCGAUGAAUAUUUAUUGACGUGUUUAAAAACAAUUUUACAUCAUUCCGAUAUGAAAGAUAAUGCCAAGGAUAUUGUUUCUCAAAAAGGAUUAGCCGUAUUAAUGGAAAUACAACAACGAUAUUCAGAUAAUCGUAAAAUAUUAACUGUAUUAGCAAGUAUUUUGGCAAAUGUAUGUGUGUAUCCUGAACAUAAGGAAGAAGUAUUUCGUACUGGAUGGCUAAGUGUGUUGGCAAAAUGGACAAGUCAUCCAAAUCUAGUAUUAUCAACAGUUGCAUCAAAAGCUUUAGCAAAUUUAGACGCUGAGUUUUCACAAAAUGGUGCAUUCAAACGAGAUUUAUAUAUAUUGUAUCCGAAUUAUCGUAAUUCAUUCGAACCUAAAACGGAUGUUGUGCUUGUUCAUGGUUUGUUAGGUGGAGUAUUUUUCUCUUGGCGGCAAAGAGAUAAAGAAGAAGAGGCAGUAGGUUUAUUCGAUGCUUUAAUAAAAGGAGAUGAUGAUAAAAGAUCCAAAGAUAUAAUCGAAAAUACUUCUUACGAAUAUUUUAAGAUAAUGCAAACCUACAAUGAAGAGAGAUGGAAGGACAUUGGUAAGGACUAUGAAAUGGUUAUGUAUGAUUCUCCUGAAGAUAGUUUAAGAGAUGCCGGAUCUUUUACUUACCACCAGACGAAACUUCAUUUUGAAAAUGAAGUUAAAGACUUAUUGAAUACAUCAGAAUGUUGGCCAAAAGAUUGGCUUUGUAAAGAUUGUAAAUAUGUACGAUUAAUUGGUUUAAAUUAUGAUACAAAUCUUUCAUAUUGGGCUCCAGUAUGUCCUGAUCAAGAACAACUCACAUUACGUCAACGUAGCCAAAAAUUUAUUCAUAAUUUGACUAAAGCACAUGUUGGAGAUCGGCCAAUUGUGUGGAUUUGUCAUUCUAUGGGUGGAUUAUUGGUUAAACAAAUGCUUGUUAAUGCGAUGAAUAGCGAAAAUGAAAACGAACGAAAAAUUGCAAAAAAUACAAAGGGAAUAAUAUUUUGUAGUACACCUCAUAGAGGUUCACAAACAGCUUUGAUCAAAGAUUUAACUGCUUCAUUAGUAUGGCCUACUAUUGAAGUGCAAGAACUCAAAGAAAAUUCUCCUCACCUGCUAGAAUUAGAUGAUAAUUUUAAAGAAUAUUUAUUAAAAAAUAAGGGUAUUAAAAUAAUUAGUUUUGUUGAAUCGAAACCUACAGACGUAUCACCUGUACGAAUAAGUUUUGCAUUUGUAAGCAAAGAAUCAGCCGAUCCAGGUAUUGGAGAGUUUUAUGUUUUACCUUUGAAUCAUCUGAAUGUUUGUAAACCAAAAAAUAGGAAUUCGUUUAUUUAUCGAAAAGUAGUCCAAGUUGUUAAUGACGUUUGUAAUACGUGCCGUAUCAGCAACUGGAAAUAA